CGCACUCACUUCAUGACCACUGUGGCGCAGUGCGCAGCUCGAGUUGAAGGCUGGCUGCCGAUCUUCACCACGACACUUCAGGGAAAGCUAAACUGCGUUUAACAAGACACGCAAUGAGUUGUUUAAACGUAUGAACUCCACUAGUCGUCUCUCCAGACGAUUCAACCUGCAUAAGCUUAGACAUUAAAACUGAAAAGACACUUUGCGCAGCGAAAGUAGCGCACGGCGCACAGGGACAGAUCAUGCACUGUCAAGCCGAGCUGAGGCUCUCCUCCCCCGGGCAGCUGAAGGCUGCCAGACGGCGCUACAAGACUUUCAUGAUUGACGAGAUCCUCUCCAAGGAGACUUGUGAUUAUUUCGAGAAACUUUCUCUGUACUCGGUGUGCCCUUCGCUCAUUGUUCGACCAAAGCCUCUUCAUUCAUGUUCGGGCUCCUCGUCACUACGUGCCUACCCCCUCCUCUCGGUGAUCACGAGGCAGCCGCCCAACCUGCCCCCCCACCUCCCGCGGCCGUCCUCCCCGGGCUCGGUCCACUCGCACCUGCCCCUGCUCUCCCCGCAGCAUCCGCGAGGCUCCGAGCCCUCGCCCAGCCAGACGCCCCUCAGCAUCAGCAGCGAGUCGGACACUGAGCGCAGCACGCCCCGCCUCAAGAAGCCACGUCGCAGCCGCACCAUCUUCACCGAGCUGCAGCUGAUGGGCCUGGAGAAGAAGUUCCAGAAGCAGAAAUACCUAUCCACACCUGAUAGGUUAGACUUGGCUCAGUCCCUCGGCCUCACACAGCUUCAAGUGAAGACAUGGUACCAAAACAGGCGCAUGAAGUGGAAGAAAAUGGUGCUCAAAGGAGGUCAUGAGGCCCCGACUAAGCCCAAGGGAAGACCUAAGAAGAACUCCAUUCCCACCACGGAGGAAAUUGAGGCCGAAGAGCGAAGAAUGAAGAUGGAGGAAGAGGACAGGAUGAGGAGGGCGGCCAAGGAAGCGGCGCUGGCUCACGGAGGAGAUGCAUCUCAGCUGGAACCUCAAGAUCUCAGUUCAGAAACUCACAAUCCAAACGGAGCUAAGGAGGGAUCUGAGCGAGAGUUGCCACUCCUUAUGUCAGAAACUCACGCAGCCAGCUAAGCGAGAACAAACCAACCAAAGACUAAUGCCAACCUGAAUACAAAUAGUGCCUCAGGAUCACUGUAAAAAGCCUGUGUGGUGUUUAGAGCCAUUUUGCUUUAGCAGUUUUGGACUGGAUGCACAUUGGUGGUGUCCAGUCUUUAGCCAGUGUAGCCUUGUAUUUUUUGUGUACUGGAACAUGUGCCAUACAGAGAGCUAACCUACACGACUGCACUGUGGUCCAUAGAAUAAGGAGUGUAAAUCUGUCAAAUCCAAACAGGUCAGUCAAGCCUUAAUCACAACAUAGUGACAUGUAUCAUGCAUCAUCACGUUAUUGUGCUUUUCAACUGUGAGAGGUCACAUACGACUCAGUUCUCAAAGCUGCCAAAAUAUCAGACAUUGCCUUACUGUGCUGUAUCUAUGUAUCUUUGUAUUACAAAUCCGUGAUAAAAGCUGAUAUAUGAAAUGGCUACAGUGCCUUGUUAGUCUCAGAGGAAAGCUUUUAAAGUGUUGAUAAAACCACCAUCAAAUGCAGUAUAUUUUUUACAAUUAUUUCUGAUUAUAAGUGCUGUAUUUGGAGACAGAUUUGUACAGUUUAGAAAAGGGAAAUGUCUGUGUUUUAUUUUGGCACAAAUUUGUUCAUUAUUUGCUCUGCAAAGCUUUCAUUUUUAGUUUUUUCGACGCUGAAAGUCAAUAUUUCUGCCAAGACAUACACUGUAACAUACUGUAGAAAUAUGUAUAAAGUAUAAAAUAUAUGGUCUUUUGGAUAUAUAUGUAAAACAGUAUUUUUAAUUGCUCUUUUAAAUUGGAUUAAAAUAUGUAUAAUGUUUCA